CCGUCACUUCCUGCCUCCUCAGAUCCAUGAACUGUUCCAGAGGAAGCUCAGAGACAGAGCUCUGCAGGAAAUGCCCAACUUCCGUUGGUGUGCUCAUUGCUCAUUCGGGAUGCUCCAUGAGGUGGACCGGUUGCGGAUGGACUGUCCCAGCUGUCAGAAGAGUACCUGCUGUCGGUGCAGAUCACCUUGGUCCCCCCAACAUCAGGGACUCUCCUGUCACCAGUUCAGAGUCUGGCAGCAGCAGAACCAGCCGGACCACCAGACUACCUCCACCCUGCUGAGCCACAACAGCAUUGAGUGUCCAAACUGUCAGUUUGUCUUCAGUCUGUCCAGAGGAGGCUGUCUUCACUUCACCUGCAGUCAGUGUCAGCAUCAGUUCUGUGGCGGCUGCAGUCAGCCCUUCAGUCCAGGAUCGGUGAGUCCUCUCCUCUGUUAUCAUGUUAUCUCCUCUGUUAUCAUGUUAUCUCCUCUGUUAUUAUUUUAUCUCCUCU